CCGGGCGUGGCGUCCUCGCUGCAGUGAGCAAGGUCCCAAUGAGUGCCUGUGCGUCGUCUCGCGGCGCGUGGGCGUCGGGGCCUAGCUGAAGUACUCCGAAAGGCAGCGAGGCGGGAUCCUUCUGCUGACGUAAAAUUCUGGUCCUGCGUCCGGCACCGACGUUAGUGAUACUGUGACCCCGGCCUGGGUGCAGCGUAAAGGUCCCCGCGGGAUCUGGGUGGACAUGACUCCCUGAGACAGUAGAACUUUGUCCCCCAUCCGCACCCGGGCAGGUCUGCCCCUCCUCUCAGAGGCAUUCGCUUUUGGUCAAUGCCAAGGUCCCGUAAACGUGUGUAGACACCCCACGCCGCAGGGCCACAGUUCACCUGGGACCCUCCAUCCACUGCGUGGGGGUCGCGCAGGAAGGCUCGGGGGACAGCGGGGAAUGGAGGAUUGUAUGAGGGCCAGGCUGUGCAGUGCUUAAAGAGGUUGCGGUGAGGAGCUUGAGAACAGCCAGAGGUGUCACCUAAACUGAGUGGGCCACAGGUGGCAGUGGGUGACAGACAGGUUCCAUAGCACUCAUGGCUCUUCUUCUCGUAGCUUCUAAGGAUCCUGCUUUUCCAAGCCCAGAAGACAGUACGUGAAGCCAGGGACGUCAGCCAUGCUGCAAACAGCUUGGCCCCAGGAGUUGGUGUCCUUUGAGGAUGUGGCUGUGUACUUCACCCAGAGUCAGUGGGCCAGCCUGGAGCCUGUGCAGAGAGCCCUGUACAAAGACGUGAUGCUGGAGAAUUAUGCAAAUGUGGCUUCCCUGGGGAAGGGUGUGGUUCUGAGCCCUGAGGACAAAGCCUUGAGGAGAAGGUCCUUUCCUGGCAUUCCAGCACAUCCCUUCCACAAACCUGUUCUCAUCUCCCAGCUGGAAAGAGGGGAUGCACCAUGGGGUCCAGAUCCCUGGGCCACAGAGCAUCCAACAGGCAUGAGUCCUGGUGGUGAAUCCUGGAUCAAGAAUGAAGAGACCCUUAUAAAGCAGGAAGCCUCUGAAGAGAUGGGGUUGCACAGAACAUCAGGGGAAAGAUUCCCCAGAAACCUUUCUCAGCACCUUGAUGCUAAAAGCAAGACAGUGAGGCCUACUUUCAUUCUAAAUCCAAACCUGAUACUUCGUGGUGGCAUGAAGUUCUAUGAAUGUAAAGAAUGUGGGAAAAUCUUCAGACAUAACUCAAAGCUUCUUCGACAUCAGAUGAGUCACACUGGGGAAAAGCCCUUCAAAUGUAACCAGUGUGGCAAAGCUUUCAAGUCAGGCCAUGAAUGUAUGGUCCAUGAGAAGAACCACGUUGGGGCGGGGCCCUAUGAAUGUAAGGAGUGUGGAAAAGGGUUGAGUUCCAACACAGCCUUAAUUAGGCACCAGAUGAUCCACACUGGAGAGAAGCCCUAUGCAUGCAAGGAGUGUGGCCAGGCCUUCCGCAGGAGCGCAACCUUCCUUCAGCACCAGAGGUUACACACAGGGGAGAAGCCCUACCAAUGUAAGGAGUGUGGUAAAGCCUUCACUCGGAAAAUAACAUCCGUUCAGCACCAGAGAGUUCACACUGGGGAGAAGCCUUAUGAAUGUAAGGUGUGUCGGAAAGUUUUCAGAUGGCAUGCAAAUUUUGUUCAGCAUCAGAAAUUGCACCCUGUGGAGAAGAAGCCCCUCAAGGCUCUUCGGCCAAGCCUGGACAGUCCCCAGUGCCUCUCUCCAGCCUUAACUCUGGUGCCUCUCCAGGGGCGCGGCUCCACUCCAGCUAUGGCUAUGCCUUCCCUAACUGCUCCUCAUGCAGUACUCAUUUCUACCUCUGGGCCUUUCUUCAUGCUCCUGCCCAUAUCUGGAAUGCCUUCUUCACCUGCCCAGAUAGUGCAUGUCUUCCAGGGCCUUAGUCCUGUAAAGCUUCCCCCAAUUAUUCUGACCCCUUCUCACCCCUCAUGAACUUCAUCUUGGCACCCCUGUGACUGAUAGAGCAGAUCACCAAUCUGACUUGAAUUUCAUUUUAUUUUUUGUUCACUUUACAUCCAUUUCUGCGUAAACUCCAUUAUAGUCUAUACACAUUUAAAGUUUGUGUUUCAUUUUAGUAGAAUAUCUGCAGACCUGAGAAAGGAGAAUCCUAAGCCACCUUGGAAGAAGUGGAGCAGCCAUCUAUCGUUUAUGCUAGAAUAUCCCCUAGACUGAACAAUUGGGAAAUCAUGGGUCUUUGGCAUUAGCAGAUGCUGGCAGGGCUUAGGACAGGAAUUGGCUAAAAAGUCAUGCAUCUCUGGUUGCCUCCUCUAUUUCCUCAUUAUCUGGAAAAGUAAAAUUGUAUUUUGGAGGACAGUUGUACCAGGCUGCCAUACUGAAUGGCUCUUUUCCAUCACUCUUUAACUUUUUUUUUUUUUUUGAGGUACCAGGGUUUGAACUUGGGGCCUCCAUCUUGAGCCACUCCACCAGCCCUUUUGUGUGAUGGGUCUUUUCAAGAUAAGUUCUCGCAAACUGUUUGCCUGGGCUGGCUUUGAACCACAGUCCUCUUGAGUAGCGAGGAUUACAGGCUACCCUGUAACUUUCUGCCUCUAUUUCUAUUAUAAAUUCUUCCAUCCAGGCUUAUGUAUACUCUAGGAUGAAAAUCAGAAGAACUUUGUUUGGGGAAUCUGUUCAGAGUAA